CGACGCAGCUUGCUCGGAGUGCCAGUUCCAGUUCGAUCCGGAGUCUCUACCCCGGACUUGGCAACGCCUCACGGCCUUUACUGAAACUUUGGCCCCAAAGAGCGACAGCGUAGCCUUUAACAUUCCCCAUCCUGCCCGACUUCCUCCCCUCUAAGGACAACCUCCUCCGGUCACGUGAAAUACCUCUCGUGCGCGACUGGUUGCCGAGGUACAGAACCUAAAAGCUACGUUUUGAAAGCUUCCGUGCUGCUGGUUAAAUGGCACAUUUUGGCUGCUUGCGUCAAUCCUUCGCGACUCAGGUGAAACUGGUAGUGCUGAAAGAGGCACCCACCAUCCUCAGUUAGGUCACUGGGGGAAAUGCCUGGCUUGCCACCGACUACAAGGUAAAAGAGAGAGAGAGAGAGAGACAGAGACAGAGACAGAGACAGACAGACCAUGAGCAGGGCAGAGGCAGAGAGAAGGAGACUCAGAAUCUGAAGCAGGCACCAGACACCGAGGAGUCAGCCCAGAACCUGACGCGGGGCUUGAACCCAUGACCUGAGUUCAUGACCUGAGCUGAAGCUGGCCGCUCGACUGACUGAGCCACCCAAGCACCCCACACAUUUUAUUACUUUUAAAACUUUCUCAGUAACAUAUUUACACCAGCAGUUUGUGAGUGGCACAAUGGAUGAAUCUAGAAUUUGCAGGCUAGGGGUGAAAGCAGAUAGGUUGUGUGACUCUCAAUCGAACGAUACUCUUCAGCACCAAGACUCAAAUUUUGCUCGCGCAAGUAGCAGGCAUUCCUUGCAAGAGGAUGAAGACAGUAACUGUGUAAGAAAGAACAGGAAUUUGGUGAACCCAGUGUACUGCAAGCAAGAGUCAAGAAUGGAGCCUCCUGGGCCAGAUGGUGGAAGAGAUCCUUCUGAUGAUCAGCAAGAUUCACAGUGCAACAGGAACAAAGGAAAAACCUUAGGAAAAGAAGUGUUACUAUUGAUGCAAGCCUUAAACACUCUUUCAACUCCAGAGGAGAAGCUGGCAGCUCUCUGUAAGACAUAUGCUGAUCUUCUGGAGGAGAGCAGGAAUGUUCAGAAGCAAAUGAAGGUUCUGCAGAAGAAACAAGCCCAGAUCAUCAAAGAGAAAGUUCACUUGCAGAGUGAACACAGCAAGGCCAUCUUGGCAAGAAGCAAACUAGAGUCUCUUUGCAGGGAACUUCAGCGUCACAAUAAGACACUAAAGGAAGAAAAUAUGCAGCAGGCACAAGAAGAGGAAGAACAUCGUAGAGAAGCAACUGCACGUUUCCAGUUUACUUUAAGUGAAAUUCAAGCACAGCUGGAACAACAUGACAUACACAAUGCCAAACUCCGCCAAGAAAACACUGAACUAGGAGAGAAGCUGAAGAAGCUCAUUGAGCAGUAUGCACUGAGAGAGGAGCAUAUUAAUAAAGUGUUCAAACAUAAGGAACUGCAGCAACAGCUUGUGGAUGCCAAGCUUCAGCAAACAACAGAGCUCAUAGAGGAAGCUGAUGAAAAACACCAAAGAGAAAGAGAAUUUUUAUUAAAAGAAGCAACAGAAUCGAGGCACAGAUAUGAAGAAAUGAAACGGGAGGAAGCACAAUUAAAAGAGCAGCUUUCUCUUUAUAUGGAUAAGUUUGAAGAAUUCCAGACUACCAUGGCAAAAAGCAAUGAACUCUUCACAACCUUCAGGCAGGAAAUGGAAAAGAUGACAAAGAAAAUUAAAAAGCUGGAAAAAGAAAUGAUAAUGUGGCGUACCAAAUGGGAAAAUAAUAAUAAAGUACUUCUGCAAAUGGCCGAGGAGAAAGCUGUGCAUGAUAAAGAGUACAAGGCCUUUCAAAUAAAACUGGAACGGUUAGAGAAGCUGUGUAGAGCUCUUCAAAUGGAAAGAAAUGAGCUCAGUGAGAAGGUGGAAGCCCUCAAAGAGCAGGUCUCUGUAAAUGCAGUGGAUGUAGAUUUAGCCACACCUGUGACACAGUCCUGCACUGGUGUUGUUUCUCAGAAGGAGCUGAAGACUUCUAGAAGAGCUCCAGGAGUGUACCUGGAGGCUAAGCUUCAGGGAGCAAAUGAAACAAAACACAACUCCAAAGACCCUUUCUACAUGAUCUCUUCCAGGCACUGAUUCGGUUGAAUCAGAUGAAGUGUGACCACUGUAUUGAGUGGUAUUUUGUGUAUCAGUUUUCUGUAGUCGUUACUAUUAGUUUUGUGAUGAAAAUGUUCUUUUUCUAUUAUAUAUGUAUUUUUAAAGAACUAUUGGACUGUGUGGCACAGGAGGCUGCUUAGUUGUUUUGCAUUGCUUUAAUGUGUACAGUUUCCACAGCUGUAUUACAUACCUGCCUUACUAACCUUUUAUUGGAAUACAUGUCUCAUCCUUUCACUGUGUUCAUUUGCCUUAUCCCUGCCCCUUGUGUUAUUAUCAUAAUUAAAUUGAGCGUUGUUUCAAUGGUGGUUUCCCUAUGUGAAACCUAAAACUAAUUUAAACUCUCUAUUCCACUAAUAUAAAAAAGAGAAAAUAUAAAGAUGAUUAGUUUUGUCUAGUAGCUCAUUCAAAUGCCAAGUGGAAAAUAAAGCUCAAGUGUGGGAUAGGAGACAAGUGUAGCAUAUUUGACAUAGGUUCGAUUUUUUGGUAAUAUUUUUUAUCACUUGCAAACCAAGAUGACUGUUAAGUCUUGUCUUGACUUUCUCAAGGUUGUGGCAGAAUAUGAUUAUGCGGUUGUCACUUGUAAACAAAAUAGCAUGUACACACAAGUCAUUGGACAAACAGGUUUAAUGCUUAAGUCACUAAAAAUGGUUCUACUGCUUUGGUUUCAGCUUAGAACACAUGUGUUUAAAGAAAAAAAAAUAUCUAGAUCUCUGCAUUUACAAUGGCAAAAUUUCUGGGCUUUGUAAUUUUGUUUGUUACUUUCCUUUGUUAUUUCAGUGUUUGAAAGUUACUUUUAUUUAUAUGUUUCUGUCACAUCUAUGACCUUAAAUUGGUUGAAAAUUGAAGAUUACCUGAUAGGUAAAACAGCCUGCAGUGUGAAGUAUUUGCAAACUUUCACUACUGACCAUGAUAAUCAAGGGACCAGAGAGUUAAGCAAAAUAAAUUUACAUGAAAUUUGACAUCCUUAGUUAGUCUGCCAAAAGUAGCAAGUCCACACUUCACCGUUCAACAGUUUUUUUAAAGUGUCUCCAUCAACUACUAAAUGAACUGUUGGACCCACUACUUUGCGGGGGGUGGGGGGGGUGAUAAAGAUUAUGUGUCAGAAUGACAAUUCACCUUAAAAUUAAUUCUAGUUAUCAUAUUUCACCAGAACAGUACAGCAUGUAAGUUCUUAACAUCUUAUUAAGGUAGUUUUGUGGCCCCACAUUUCUUUGUGAUACUUACUUUGUGGGGAAGGCAAAUCUUGGGCUGAAAGCAAUGUGGUUCAGAGCAUUUGCUCUGCUGUUUUGGAUCUAAUAGGUAUAUAUUAGAUAUCAUUGUGUGAAAUGACAUAAGACAUGGAAAGCCUCUGGAAUCUGGGAAGCAUUUGCUUUCCUUUCAGAACUUUUCCUGUGGUUAACAAGGGAAAAAGAACCUUAUGGGAAGGACUCCCUUCCAAAUGGCUCUGUAGUGUGUACUACCUACUGUAUUCUGGAACAGGAGCUGUCAGACCAUCUGUAUCUUGACUAGGGCUGCUUUCAUACUAUAGCUAUCAUGUUGAACAAUUCUUAUGUAUUUACUGUCUGACCCUUUGUCAACCCUGUUAAAAUACCCUGCAGCUGAUCCAGGAAAUGCUUAAAUGUUGCAAUCAGUUAAAAUAUACUUGUUGCACCAUUUUGUGGAACCUUCUGGAGUUGUAAAAUCAGUAGCACCAUUGGAAUCCACAGUGUAGAAAAAAACAUGGCUCCACACAGACCAUUUCAUCUUCAUAUGUGUACGAAUACGUUUUCUGGCCAUACGACCAAUACGUUUAAAUUAUGUAUAAACUGUCUUAUCGUACCUGGUUAUCACAGCUCAUUUCUCAGGUGUUACAAAAAUAUCUACCUCUUUCAAACUGUAACUGAACAUAGCCCAAAAAAGGACGCAGUGCUAAGUAAACUGCUUUAUUUUCACAGCUAAUAUGUUUCACGAAAAUACAAAAUUGAUGAAGUCAUAUUUUGCUUUUCACAGUCAUUUUGUAGAAAUUUUUCACUAAUGUGAGUCUUAUUUUGUCUAUGCUGUAAAGUUGAAUAAAUAUGUGAUGAUUAAUUUAA